CCUUCUACUCGCGGUGUCACGGACCGCGGAACUAUUUGUUUUGUACAGUUACGGAUACAGACUUCGUACCCAAACAGAAGGAUUCUAAACAGCCGCGAAAUGGAUAAACUACUCCUGAUUGGAUUGUUGAUAGAGAUAAUACCAUUGCUCACAGCGACCGAGCCAACAGCCAAAGUCAGUGAACAAAGUGAACGCAGCGGUCGAGCUUGGCACCAUGCCCUUCCAAACGCACAAACACUCCAGCAACACCAGCAGAAUCAAGCCCCAGUUUUCCUGCAAACUUCCACCAAUCAACCUGUUGAGAGCAGCGGUCAACAGUUAGAUCCCAACGGAUCGAGCAGAAAUUUCGAAGAACAAGAUAAAGCUAUGCCAUCUGCGUCAGAGCAGGACUUCAUGUCUAGGCAUUAUGGCUUCUUCAAUAUCCAUAGAUUUGAUCCAAGUUAUCCUUAUUAUGAUAGAGCUCCGUAUCCUAGGUACCCAUCCCCACACAUGCCUCGAUUUGGCCCCGGCUACAGAAAGGAUAAAUACGGUCACGGAUACGGUUACAGUUGCAAGCAAGGUGAUGAUUGCGACGAAGUGAGAGCCGCAAAUCAGAUUCCAGCAGUGCCUCCUCCGUUGCCAUCUCAUGGGCCUCACCAUCACCAUCCUUCUCCUUUUGGAAGUCAUUACCCAGAUCUUCCACCUCUGCCAAGUUUGCCCUCCUUUCCCAAUAUUCCGUCCUUCGGUCCGUAUCCAGGCUCUUUCCCUCACCCACCAGCAAGGUUUAACGACCCCCAUGCCCCAUUGCCGCCACAAAUGCCACCUUCAAGGUUCUACCACGCAAGAUACUUGCAUGAACAAGACGAAGGCAAGAAAGAAGAGGUGGAUCCGAAGACAGAAUAA